UCAUGGCAAGUAAUUGUCAAAUGUCAAACUUUGAUUUUCGAAAGAAAUGUUUACGUUUUGUUUGAAUUUAAUUUUCUUAAUAUUUUGCUAAUUUUCAUAAAUAUUCAUGGACGAACUGCGCGGUCCCAACAUCCAAAUAGUUCUCCAUGUGAAAGAAGGGCUAGGUUUUGGUUUUUUACGGACUCCAUUUGUAGUAAGCGGUUCUUUGAAUGGCUAUAUGCUGGAGACAGAUCCUGUGGUCCCAACACAUGCACCAAUAUUUGACGCUGAACUUGUUUGGGAAGCGGACAAGAGAAGGUUUAGGAGUUUGCGAGUACAAAAUGUCCCAGUUAAAGUGGAAGUUUAUACAACGAGUACACAGGGUCGAAAGGAUAAAGUUGGAUACUUAUUACUUAGUCUGCUUGGUGCUCAACCUUGUCCGUCCAAUAAAGUUAUAGAUAUUAAACACACAUGGCAAAGGCUUUUGGGUGUAAAGUCUGAAGGCAAGUGUUGCCAUCCACAGUUGCUGUUAAGUCUGUCUGUUGAGGACAGAGCGAACACUCCAACUCCUAGAAAUGAGUUGAGAAUGUUCCACAGCAACGAAGUGGCAUACCCAUCCACUUACCCUACCAGUACUAGUGUUACUGGGAAAUCAGUCCUUCUGACUUUAAAUGAGUAUAUAGAAGAGAGUAAGAAGACUGUCACCUCUCCUGACCUUCAGCCAAUAUUGAUGUGUGACGAGGGCCUCAUACAAAUUGGUAGUGGGAGGCAUCUCUUUGUACUCAGUCUAGUUAUUGGAGCUGUGGAAAAUUUGGAUUUGCUUCUACCCAGUAGUAUUUCCAACAAAAAUGUCUAUUGCUAUAUUACAUAUUCUGUUUUCACACAUAACAUCAUGACAGACAGGGUGGGUGCGAGCGUUGGCAGCGGAAGAACGAGUGCGCAGUUUAACCAACGAUCCUCGCUGCGGCUGCGCGGAUCGCUACCGGACCUCGGCAGGUACUUCGCCGAGUGUCCGCACCUCGUCACGAAGGUUUGCGCCGGGGACAUAAACAUAGGUAUCUGCAGCCUGGAUCUUCGUAAACUGGUGCCAACAGAUGAUACAAAUGACUUCUUGAAUAAGUUUUGUAAUGCGGAGCGAGCGUUGACGAUACACGAGCGAUGUUUCAUUCUACGCUGUGAGGGUGUGGCCAGAGAGGAAGGUAGGCGCCCGUUUGUGGACGUCGAAAUGAGUUUGAAGUACGUUGGACUGCAGGAUAAAGAGAAACCAAAGAACCUGACAGCUCGCAGUGCCACACAGCUGGACAGUAAUGUACAGCGAGAGCCAGUACACCAGGAUCCUACCAUAGACUAUAAGAGUGGCAGCUGCACCGAUUUGGACCCGAAUGUCGGCGGUGUGGCGUAUACCAGCGUCGCUGCCAGGAAUACUGCCAGAUACAAAGACGCAUCGGGUGAGUCAAUUAUAAAAUCGAACGAGAUCGCGGAAUUAAUAAAGAAAAUGUGUGACUCUUUUGCACAAAGCCAAGAGAGGUUACUGGCGUCUCGCUCUCGACCACUAACCAGCGAUAUGCAAGUACAGUGCGAGCCGAUACAACAAGAUUCACAUGUGAAUCAAAAAGAAGAUACAAAAGUCGAGGAACUUACAAGAGAAGUUAUAGAUAAUACAGCAGAGAAUAACAUUGAGAAUAGACCCAGUGAGAAUAUCAAGUUAGAAACGAGCAAGAGUGAUGCAUGUACAUCGCAGACUGAGAAAGUAAAAUUGCUGAUAUCGCCUACGGACCGUGACGCCAUCAUGCAGGGGUUUGUCGAUGAACUGGAAGAUUGGAAGGAGAAGCAACAGGAAUUAUACAAGUGUCAACUAAAACGUAAGGAGGAGUAUCACCUAGAGUUGCUGGCGAAGGAGUGGGCCAAGAAGCGGGUGGAGUUGGAGUGCAAACUCAGUCGCGGCAUAGAACAGUGCCGCACUCUGGCGGCAGACCUCGCGCGCGCCUCCGACGAUUUCCGCCUCCGCGGGUAUCGUAACGUCGACAGGGAGAAAAAGUUAUUGGAAGCGAAAAAAGCGCUAGAAGCACACUACACAGCCAAGUAUCAAGAGUUGCGCGAGGCCUCCCAGAAAAUGGAAGAUGAUAUGAAUCACCAGUUGAAACUGAAAGACAUGAGGAUCGAAGAGUUGGAACUGAAGGUGAAGCAAUUGGAUAAACAUGUGGAAGUGCUCAAGACUAAUUUGAAGAAUUGUGAAAAAGAUGCUGAGAAUAGAUACUCUGGACUGACAAAAGAUCAGACAGCCAGUCUCAUUCAGGAACUACGUUGCUUAGAAGAGAAGUUAGACAGCGCGGUGCAGUCGAAAGCAUUCUUCAAGGAGCAGUGGGGCCGUGCCGUCCGCGAGCUGCACCUCAGCAAACUGCACGCGCGCAAGCACGUGCUCACACAGCUGCAGUCGCACCGGCGAGAGCUUGGCGAUAUGGGACUGGACACAAUUCAAGAUCAAGAGGAGGAUAAAACAAACCAAAACAAUGUUGAUAUAAAGAAGUUAAAAGAUGAUUUCCUAGUAGAUAUAUUAGCCAAUACUCCAGCAUUAGAAUCUCAUUCUAUUAUUAGUGACUCAAUUCCAGAUGGUAUGGACAUCUUUAAAAGCAUGAAUUACAGGAGUGCCCCAAGGAAUCCAAUAAACGACAAGCUAAAUGACCUCAUGGCUCAAAGGGACCGGCUUAUCCAGCAAGAAAAUCCAGACGAAGAUCACAUUAAACAACUCAAUUAUGAAAUACGAAGCAUGCUGCUCAACAGUGGAACGUGAUCAGAGAUAUAAUGCUGGCUGCAUGCACGCAAGAAAAUAUUGUCUUGUUUGGGUGAAACUAAUAAAUAUAAAACUAUGUAACCAAUUGAAAAUUACAACAUAUUUGGUGGCAAAUAAAUGAUACCAUCGAUUUAUUUUGAAAAUGUAAUAUUAUAUAUAUCAUAUAUGUUGGCAACAUUGUGCCUCUUAACCAGUGCGAUUAGCUUCAAUUAGGUGUAUAUAAAAUUUAUUUCUUUAAAUCCCCAGGUUAUAAAAUUGCCUGUUAAUCUUAAAACACGUGACAUUAGACUGAAUAAUGUAACAUAUAUAUUUUAAAAAAUAAUAAAAUCAGUUUCACUUGUAAUGAUAAUAGUUUUUCGUUGUGUAUUUACAACAUGAGUGAUUUCGUUUUAGAAAUAACUUAUUGUAAACAUCAGUCGUGUAUUCAAUUAUUACAUGUUAUUAUGUGACAAAUGUAUCAAAUAUAAGGGUGUACUCUCUAAUUAUGCUUCAUAUAAAAAAAAAUUGGUUUUACACUACUACACAGAAGAAGUUUAACAAAGUGAAAAUAAUCUACAUUUACAAUUUAAUUGCUUUUAUUUUUGAAAUCGUAUAUGUAUUACUAUUAGUAUUAUAAAUGAUAGUAAUAAUGAUUUUAUUAUUUUACUAAAAUGUUGUUAUAUUUUUGUCAUAUAUGAGUAUUCAAUUUAUAAAUAUUGUUAUGAAAUAAAUCUAUUUUUUUAAAUUGUCUUUCUUAUUUAGUCAUGAUCAAAUUGUGAUUGAGCCAUAUUUUAGCUUCCUUCUCAUUAUAAUGAUUCCUCGAUUCAAUCACUUUCAUUAAAUACGAGAUAUAAGAUAAUUAAACUGCACUGAUUCAGAUUUCUCUUUCAUUAUCUUAUGUUGAGUUAAAAAACAAAACUACCACCCUUAAA